AUGAUUGUAGAUCCUGCUGGCAUGCUUCCUAGUAGUUUUACCCCCUUGGAGUCUUAUUCAUUCAUUUAUUUUGUCUUUUUUCUGUUCUUCCUUUUUUUCUUUAUUUCAUUCUCAUUUACUUCAUCCUUUUUUUAUAACAUUCUCAUUCUUCAAUUUAUUCUUAACUUCUUUCUUUUUAAUUCACUUCAUUCUUUUCUAUUUUAUUCUUUUUUAUUCAUUUUUCUUUUUUAUUCUUAUUAUGUUUCAUUCUUUUUUCCCUUCAUUUUUUUCAUUUCUAUCUUUUAUAUUUUUAAUUCAUUUUCUCUUUCUUUUCAUUCUUACCAUCACCCUCUUUCAUUUUCAUACAUUUCAUUCUUACAUUUAUUUUGCCAUUUAAUUCUUUUUCAUAUCUCAUUUUCUAUAUGCUAUUCUUUUGUUUCAUCUUCUUUUGUUUACAUUUAUCUCUUUUCUUCUUUUCACUUUUCUUUUCUUUUUAUUCAUUUAUUUCUUCAGCUACAAUUCUUUUGUUCUCUUCAUUUUUUCUGUCUUUUUUUAUUUUUCAUUUCUCAAAUUGCUUUUUCUAAUUCUUUUAUUUCUUCUUACAUUAUUGACUUCCUAUUAUUUUUUCUUUUUCUUCUCCCAUUUGUUUUUUAUUUGUUUCAUUAA